GAAACGAUUACCAUGCCCAAAAUGGACGAAAGCGUCGUAAAAUCAGUGCACGCUUGAUAUCUUUUUAUUCACAAAAUUGUUGUACAAUCUUAACGAGGAUAUGAGCGUACCCUCAUUAAUUCGUAGUGUUAAUAAUUUUGGUUCAUCGGAAAAUACAGACCGCAGUCCGCGAGGUGGCGAUAUAGUGAAACUUCCGGCUAAAGAGAACACACCGAUAAGCUCUGUUCGUCGAGCAGGAUAUUCCUAAAUGCGUGUCCCAGUACGGUCUUCACUAAUGUGUAUUCCUCGAUGUACUCGUUAAAACGACGAAACCACAUAUCAAACAAAUACGAAACAGCGACUGUGAAAAACUACAUAAUAAAUUUCGUGUCCCCCCUUCUUUCGUUCAACCAAAUAAGUGCAUCGUUCGACCAGAAAUAUUAAAUCCUUAAGCGUCUGUUUUUUGUUUCUUUUUUUUUAUAAUUAUUGCCUUAGAAAAGGGGAUUGCGAGUGUGUUAAAUAAAUUCGUAGAUCGAGUCCCGACACGAUGAGCAUUGAGUGUGUUAUCUGCUGCGAACAUUUACAAUCCUCCGAAACUAUACAUCACACACCAUGCGGGCAUGUUUUUCAUCAAAUCUGUCUGUCCAAAUGGUUCGAAAGAUCCAAAACCUGUCCGGAGUGUCGUCAAAAAGUAGUAGAAAGCAAAGUCAGCAAGAUUUAUCUACAUUAUGCCAGCAACGACAGUAUCCUGGAGAUUACAUCUUCGCUGCAGGCUGAAAUAGCCGGUCUCAACCAUGAGCUCCUUAUCAAAGAAAUUGAAAUUAUUGAAAGCAAUUCAAACAACACAAAAUUGUCGACUUUGCUCAAAUCAAAGGAAAGCGAAUUAAGGAGACUCGAAGCUGAUCUUUGGAUCGCAAGAGAACACAACAGCCUAUGGAAAAAUCAUGCGCAAGUGGAAAUGGCAGAGCAUAAUGUUGCAAAAAAAGAAGUAUCUCGACUGACAAAAGAAUUGAAUGACAUGAAGAGCUCUCAAACUGUAGCUGAAGAAUGUUGGAACAAAAUUUCAAACAUGUUUCGUGGCAUAGGAGAUCACGAAACGAUUUUGAAAAUGAUAGCCGACUCGCAGAGCGAGUUGAUGAGCAAUACCACCAGUCGCUAUGAUUUUGAACGAUCUGUUGAGAGACUUGAAGAAGAAAUCGAAAUUGAACUCGAUUCAGCGAAUCGUAUUCUUUCAACAGAACAACUAUCGAGGAAACGCCAACUGGAGCAAGAUUUAGCGUGUAGCGAAAUUGAGAAAAUAGCUCUCCGACAACGAAUAAAAGAGCUGGAAGAAAAAGUCGAAGAAUCAGUUGAAAUAACGGAUGAGCGAUUGGCAGAUCGGAACGAGCCACUGAGGAAAAAGUUAAAAGUGAGUGCCGUGUCGUUCGACGUUAUAGAUCUUACCAAAGAGCCAGUAGAUGCGCUCGUAGAUCUUACGGAAGAUGAUGACGUCAUAAUUUAGCCCCGUACAAAUAUAACUGGCAUAUGAAAGAAAGGAAAAAAAUCGUCGAGACUAAAAUCUCCACGUUCGAUGAAUAUCCGCACGAUAAUUCAUCUCCGAUGCGUCGUUUGGAUCGCUGUGUUGUGUGUGUGCCAAUAUCGGAUGUUCCAUUGUGAGCUGCGUAAUUUCCAACCCAAUUUUUCCACUUACCUCACUCAAUGCACAAAAAAAUCCUGCAUUUCUAUCGUAGCCGAAUUCAAAGCAUCGUGAGAAAAGAAACAAACAAUUUUCGCUCAAAAUCGGGUACAGCCACCGAAACAGACAUUAAGAAAGACUACAGCUUUUUUUAUUUGAAUUAUUUCAAUGUACAUUGAAAUAGUGGAAAAAAAACGAAUGGAAAACUUAUUUGUAGUCAAAGUAUUGGUCUCAACGACCUGAAUUAUGUUUCACACAACAAAUAUAUAGAGCAGCUGUCCAUCAGUGCACUCUGGUGAAAAACCCUAUUUACAAACGUUUUUGCGAGUAAGGUUUAUAUUUAUAUUUACCCCAUAAACUUCAUGCGUGGUUUUUCGAAUAAGUUCUCCAAUCCAUCGCGUCGAUAUUGGCAGGCAAUGGGAUUAUCGAGAAUUCAGUAUACCGACGAUCAUUUCAUCAGACCUAUGUAUAAUUGUGCAUUAUUCGUUUGCUCAUUUUUCAUUAUUUUUUACCCUAGAGUUGUAUCUUUAUCGGGGGUGGGGGCCAAAAGUUAGAACGACAAAAUAGCGAACAAGGCAUUCUGUAUAUCUAUAUAUGCAUAUAUAUCGGGCAAAAUUUGUUUUUUUUUCAAUUCUACGAGGACUCAUUUUUUGUUCGCUAUAAUUUUCUCAUAAUUUUCAAGUGACUGUCUAAAUAGUUACAGCACAAUUUAUAAGUGGACAAAAAACAUUUUGUGUCAAGUUUUAAAGUAAUCCCGAACUGAAUGUUGAAUUUACAGAAGGAUAGUUCACUUUUUUUUACCACUUCGAUUCAAACAUGGUCAAACUCUGGUAUGGAAUGGUACAAUGACCUGCUGAGAAUUCUCUCAGAUAUAAAGUAUUCGCAUAUUCUUUCUUAGGUUCCAUAAUUCAUGUUUAACGUUAUAGGGAACGUUUAAUUCAUUCGUUUAAUUCAUAUUUAAUUCAUAUAGGAAACGUUUAAUUCAUAUUUAACGUUUCAUUAUGACUUUAGGAAAAUAAAUUUCCUACACGUCCUUGAUGCCGAUGGGACAAUCUUCGAAAAACUUUGAAAGACAUUCGCGUACAUCGUAUCGAAAAACAAUAAUUAUUUACUCCUGGCACGUGACAUGAUAUUACUUGAGCUCGAGGGAAUCACAAAGUCACACCAACAUCCUCGGGCUAAUAAUACGUUUAAGAAUGCGCUAAAUUAAGAACUAGAUUUAGAGAGAAUUAAAGGCACGGGACCUCGAAACAGUACCUGUGAAUGCAAUAAGGACAAAUUGAUAGAGAAACAACAACAACAAAAAGAAAAGUAAACACAAAAUGCUACUCUCCAUUUCCAAACAUUUUUAUCGAUGACCAGAGUAACCGACGUUUAUAUAUUAUAGUUGAGUCUGAGUGCAUCACAAGUGAAAAACAAAUGGGCACAAUUAUUAAACGUGGUUUGAUUCAUCAACUA